UUAUUGCUCUCAGGCUCUCAUUGGAGAAACAGUCUUCCGCAUUGGCUCUACUGUAACUGUCCAGGCUCCAAAAUCUUGGGAAAAGUUGAGUCUUUUUCACAUUUGGAUGGUGGGAAAAAGAAUAAAGGGACAGGUUGGCUUCUGCUUGGUCGAUUUGGACUGAAUAAAUCAGCGGGGAUAGCGGGAAUUGAUUUCUUUGGACAUGUAGGAACUGUGGACAAGACAACCACAAGGAUCGAGGAUGUGCGGCUUUAACAGUUUACCCUACCUUGGAGUGUUGGUGAUUGCAGCGAUGGGCAACAAGAUGCUGGAUGACUGUCUGUCCUCCAAACCCCGAUACACCAUGAAUGUGGUGCUGCUGGAAGACAACACGUACGCGUGGAGUCGGCCCUUCGUGCAGGCUGCGGUGGAGCAAGCCAUAGAAGAGGACAGGAAGGAGAAUAUUAAACACAAUUUAACAUUCAGUUUGACUGCAAAUUUCUAUGGCUUCAACACCACCGUCUACAACCGACAGGGCUGCGGGAGCAGCACCUGUGAGGGCGUGGCCAUACUUAAGAUGCUGCAUAGUAAAGGUGAAGUAGGAUGUGUCAUGCUGGGGCCGUCCUGCACAUAUGCCACCUUCCAGUUAGUGGAUGACGAAAUUGGCCUGAGCCUGAGCAUUCCCAUCAUCUCCGCCGGGAGCUUUGGCCUCUCUUGCGACUACAAGCCCAAACUCACUAGAAUCUUGCCGCCGGCGCGCAAGAUCUCCGACAUGUUCUCCAACUUUUCGAUGGAAGUGUUGCCAUUCAAGAAUGAGUGGAAGCAUGUUUAUGUCUACAAGAAGUCUGUCUAUAACGCAACUGAGGACUGCUUUUGGUACACCAAUGCACUGGAGGCACCUUCAGCCAACUUUGCCACAAAGAUAAAGAGAGAGAUGCUACGUACAGAGGAGGAACUAAGGAAAGCCCUCGUUUCGAAGAAAAGACACAGUAACAUUUUCAUCGUUUGUGGCCGUCCCGACGACAUUGUUUCAGUAAAGGUCAAAGUGGGUCAAAUACACAAGGACAUCGUGUUCAUUCUUAUUGACAUUUACAACCCUGAGUAUUACGUCAAUGCCACGUCCAGUCAGGGCAUGCAGGACGUCCUGGUCGUCACGCUCCCACAGAGGAACUAUAGCUAUGGAUCCGGUCUCCAGUAUAACGACACGAUCAAUGAUUAUGUGGCUGGCUAUCAUGACGGCGCUCUGCUGUUUGGUAAAGUGCUCAGAGAAAGGAUGCUCAGUCAGCAAAAUAACUAUCAUUACAGAGGCUCUCACGACAUCCCGCUCAGCGACAACCCCUUUGGAAAUGUCUCUUUUUACGGUAUGGGAGGACACUACAUGCUGGACGAGUAUGGCGACAGAGACGUUAACUUCUCCAUCAUUUACACCUCGACUACAACCGGCAAGUAUGAAACUCUGUUAGUGUUUGACACAUCGAAGAAUAAAACCAUAGCGAUGGCCCACAGUCCUGCUCUGCCUUGGAAAGGAAGUCGCCUGCCCAAAGAUGUACCGGAAGAGUUAGACGGCUUGAACUUGCAGGAUGUGAUUGUGAUCGUUCUGAGUCUCAGCGUCGUGGUGGUGACCGCCAUCGCUCUCAUCUUCUACAGGCAGAACAGAAAAGAACGUCAAAUGCAGAAAAAGUGGUCUCACAUCAAUUCUCACCUGAUUUGUCCGCUGGAUGAGAAGGAGGUCUCCCUCAAGAUUGAUGACGACAAGAGGAAGGACAGCACUUACUUCAACCACCGAGGCCGCUAUGACAAGAAGCCUGUCAUCUUAAAGGAGUUGAGACUCACUGACGGCGACUUCACAGAGGACCAGAAGAUUGAACUUAACACUCUGCUACGUAUUGACUACUACAACCUGACCAAGUUCUAUGGCACAGUAAAGUUUGAGUAUGGCGUGUUUGGAGUGUUUGAGCUGUGCCAGAGAGGCUCUCUCAGGUACAUCCUGAAUGACAGAAUCUCCUACCCAGAUGAGACCUUCAUGGACAUGGAGUUUAAGAUUUCAGUCAUGUACGAUAUAGCAAAGGGCAUGUCAUAUCUCCACUCCAGCAACAUUGAAGUCCACGGUCGCCUCAAGUCCACCAACUGUGUGGUUGACAACCGCAUGGUGGUAAAGAUCACAGACUUCGGCUGCCACACCAUACUGAAGCCCGGCAGAGAUGUAUGGACGGCCCCUGAACACCUCCGCAGAGAUGGCAUAUCUCAAAAAGGAGAUGUCUACAGCUAUGGCAUCAUUGCACAUGAAAUAGUGCUGAGGCGGGCUCCGUUCUAUACGUCAUGUUGCUCCAACCGCGCAGAUAAGAUCUACAGGGUGCAGUAUCCCAACGGGAUGGCUGUCUUUAGACCAGAACUGAACUUUGAGGGCGUGUCCGAGAAAGAUAUUGAGCUGUACAUGCUGAUAAAGAACUGCUGGGAUGAAGAUCCAGAACGAAGGCCAGAUUUUAAGAAAAUUGAGAUGACUCUGGGUAAGCUUUUCAGCAACCUGCAUAAUCAAGGCCCAGAGACAUACAUGGACAACCUGAUCCGUCGUCUCCAGAUGUACUCCAAGACUUUGGAGCAUCUUGUGAAGGAAAGGACCGCCCUGUACAAGGCUGAGAGGGACAGAGCGGACCGCCUCAACUUCAUGCUUCUUCCCGGCCCGGUGGUGCGUUCACUGAAGGAGACAGGCAGAGUGGAGCCGGAGCUCUUUGAAGAGGUGACGGUGUAUUUCAGUGACAUUGUGGGAUUCACCACGCUGUGCCACUACAGCACCCCCAUGGAGGUGGUGGACAUGCUCAAUGAGAUCUACAAGAACUUCGACAGCAUCCUUGACCACCAUGAUGUCUACAAGGUUGAGACCAUAGGAGACGCCUACAUGGUCGCAUCGGGUUUGCCCAAGCGCAACGGUGACAGGCACGCGGUGGACAUAGCACACAUGGCACUGGACAUCUUGUCCUUUGUUGGGACGUUUGAGUUGCAGCAUUUGCCCGGCAUUCCUCUGUGGAUACGAAUUGGUGUGCAUUCAGGCCCCUGUGCAGCUGGGGUGGUGGGGAACAAGAUGCCCCGCUACUGUCUCUUUGGAGAUACCGUCAACACCGCAUCACGAAUGGAGUCCACAGGCCUGCCUUUGAGAAUCCAUGUCAGUCAGUCCACCAUUAAAAUCCUGCAGAGGACAAACUGCCAAUUUGAGUAUGAGCAGAGAGGAGAGACGUACCUGAAGGGCAAAGGCAAAGAGAUGACAUACUGGUUAACGGGGGUGGCUGGAGGCAAAUAUAAUCUUCCCACACCACCAACAGCGGAGAACUUCCAGAGGUUGCAGCAAGACCUGGCAGAGAUGAUCGUGUCCAGCUUGGGGAAGCGUGGAGAAGGGAGAGAGGCCUUCGAAAAGAGGAAAACCUUGUCCGCCAAAAUGAGAAGGAGAGAAACCAACAUCAGCCUGCAGGGGGAGAGCCCGCCAGAGUACUUCCAUCUGGCUGUCACUGAUGCCCCCAGUACAUAUCUGUGAGGGGAGAGAACCUCUCAGUGCGCCAGCAGCCAUAACUGUUUGAAUGAACACUGCUGGAAUUCAUUGGACAGAGUUGCAGUGACUCAAGGAAGGAAACUGACACUUUUAUGCAGCUAAUGCGCAGUGAAAAACGUCCAUUCUCGUCCAGCUCGCGGUUAUUUUGCAUUCACUGACAACUCCUGCGACAUCCUUUUUAAAUGAGUAAACUUACAGAAAGCGAAAGUAAAUACGAGCAAGGAUGCAAUUUGACACAACACGAUACAAGAAAUGCCAUCUUUUAAAGAGUGCAAAGCUAAUGAGUCACACGCUUUGUAGAGGCUGACGGCACGCGUGACUCUUUUAAUGAGUCAUAACAAAAGCACAAACUCUCAGGUGGUGAUUAAAAGUCAACACGACACUAGCACUUGUUUUAACAAUGUAUAUAUUUUUUAAUUGUGCUGUA